GGUGUUGGGGAGGGCUGAAGGCUGGGUCCAAUCCCGGCUUGUCACUAUUUCAGUCCUCACUGGAGCCUCCCAGCGCUUCCACUGGAGAACCCGCCUGGCCGGGCUGCCGCCCCACAGGCCAGAGAAGGGGUUAAAAGCGCGGGGCCGAUGAUGUCAGUUCCUGUGCGGCUUAGGAGGGCUACCCCAGCUCUCAGGCUAGCGGGGCGCCGGGCACCGCGCUGAAUGGGACGGGAGCGAGCAGCGCGCGGCUUCGGGGGCGUCCCCGGGGGAGCUGCGCGUCUCGCCAGCUGCAGGCUCGCCCCGGCAGAGACGCCCAGAACAAUUCAUGCCUCGGAGCGGCUCCUCGGGCUCAGCCGCGCAGCCUGCCGCAGUGUUUUUAGAGCAUCUUGGAGGAGCUGUCUAAGGAGAAAAAGAACUUAGCCAUGGCAGAACUUGCAAUGGAAAAUGGUAGCUGCAUGGACUGGCAGAAACGGUGCCUCGCAUUGGAAACCCAGCUUUUCAAAUUCCGCUUGCAGGCUAGCAAGAUCCGAGAAUUACUAGCUGAGAAGAUGCAGGAGCUGGAGCAGAGAGUAAUCGAGGCAGAGCAGAGGGCUGAGAAUGCAGAAAAACAGGUCAGAGUCAUGGAAGAGAAGGUGAAACUGGACAAUAUGAAAACCAGUGAAUCGGAGAGUACCCUAUACAGAAAAUACCAGGAACUGUUGGGCACAGUGCAAGGAAAGGAUGAUCUGAUCAGCAGGCUGGAGAUGCAGCUGGAGCAACAGAAGCAGUUGAGGGCUGAGGAAGCUAAAAUUAUUCAAGACAAAGCUGCCAAGAUCAAGGAGUGGGUAACUUUUAAACUAAGAGAGCUUGAGCUAGACAAUUACCACCUGAAAAACUGUAAUCAGAGGCUGACAGAGCAAAUUGAAGCCCUUCAGGAUGCAUUACAAGAUCUGACAAACAUUCCUCCCAUUGAAUCUCUUUGGAGCAAUAGCCCUUUGGUGCCCAGAACACUUUUGUCAUCCUUGCUUGAGAAACCAGCCCAGAAUUCUUUUCUCCUUGGCAUGGGUGUUAAGCAGGAGUGUCAGGGAAGAGCAAAACAUGUUCCCCCUACACCAACUACGAUUCUUGUUGACGAAGCCUCCCUUGCAAAAGAAGCCAGUAAAUCACUGUCCUCCCAGAACAUGCUGAGGGUCAUUCCCGAUUCAUCGAAUUGGAAGCCCACUGUAGAGAAAGAUGCAUUCUGUACUGUAAUCUCUGACACCAGCUCAGGAUGUCCUGAUCCCACAUUACAGGACCCUACAGUUGAGUCCACAAGUGUCCUUGAUGCCCUGGCUUUCCAGUCUUCCUUGGGGAGAAACCAGAACUCUCUUAGCACUUUAGAGCAGAGGGCAUCAGAGCUGGGCAACUCCUCAGAUGAGCUAAGUGCCAAGUUCCGCUCCCAUAGGCUGGACUCCUCGUCCUCAGGGGAGAUAAGUAUCCCUUAUGGCUGUCUCCCAACAGCGGAGCCAAGACUGGGUUUGCCAUCAUCCAUCACUUCAACACAGCCAAGUUUUCCAGGGAGGGAAUGUGGCCUGAGCAAUAGUAUGACUCUCCCCAAAAUCCGGACACCCAGCUCCCCAAGAGACAGUAUCCAGCUAGCAAAGAGACAUUACAGCCAGCCCCAGCCAGGUGCUCAUCGCUUCCAUCACAUUACAAGCAUAGAGAUUGGCACCUUCCAGCCCAUAACAGCCUCAACUCUCUGCCCAGCACCAGUGGAAGAGACAGACAUUGAUGGUGAUGAUCUUCUAGAGAAGAUGGAGACAGAAGGAUGCCCAGUGGGGGAAGAGACUGGGAUGGGUGUGGAGACUGAUCAGCAUCCUGGUUCAGGCAAAAAUGAAUGUGGGAAUUCUGAAGCUGGACCACUAGACCGAGGGGGCAAACCUCCCACUCCGCCACUGCACAGGUUUCCAUCCUGGGAGAGUCGGAUCUAUGCAGUAGCCAAGUCAGGCAUGAGGCUGUCGGAAGUGGCCCUUGGGACUAACUCACCCAGCUGGAUUUUAAAUUUUCCAUCAUAUUCAAAUUCUGGACCAUUCACUGGCCUCAUCUACAGAAAUGUCACAGUUCCCGUCUACUCCACACUGAAGGGGAAAGCCACCCAGAUCAGCAACAUUCCUUUCUUAGAUGAGUCCUCAGGCUCUGAUGAUGACUGCAGCUCCCAUGCCAGCAUCCGGACCUCCAAUGGUGGAUCUGAGAUCAGAAAGAGCAGCACACCAGGCAGCCCUCGUGCUAUGAAACGAGCAGGUGUCUCUAUGUCCUCGCUGAGUUCAGAGAGUGAUUAUGCCAUCCCCCCUGAUGCCUAUUCCCUGGAUGGCGACUAUUCAGAGCCAGAGCACAAGCUGCAGCGGACAUCUUCCUAUUCCACUGAUGGCGGAGUCUGCAGUGAGCCCAUGGAGAAGUCAGGCUAUUUGCUGAAAAUGGGCAGCCAGGUGAAGACAUGGAAGAGACGUUGGUUUGUUCUGAGAAAUGGACAAAUCAUGUACUACAAAUCUCCAAGCGAUGUUAUCCGCAAGCCUCAGGGGCAGGCUGAGCUGAAUUCUUCUUGCCAGAUCAUUCGGGGUGAAGGGUCUCAGACAUUUCAGCUCAUCACUGAAAAGAGGACCUACUUCCUUACAGCAGACUCUCCCAAUAUCCUGGAAGAAUGGAUCCGUGUCCUGCAGAGUAUUCUCAAGGUUCAGGUGACCAGCUCUGCUGCUCUCCCUCAGAAGGAUGCCAAACCUACUGUAAAAGGCUGGCUCACUAAGGUGAAGCAUGGUCACUCUAAGUUGGUUUGGUGCGCACUGAUUGGGAAAGCGUUUUUCUACUAUCGAAAUAAUGAGGACAAGUGUCCUCUGGGGCAUUUGUACAUACGCAAGUCAAAGGUGGAGGAGGUGGAUCGUUCCUGUGACUCAGAUGAAGAUUAUGAAGCCACUGCAGGGGGUCUUCUCUCAUCCCAUUAUACCUUGGUGAUUCACCCACAGGAUCAGAGUCCAACCUACCUACUCAUUGGUACCAAACACGAGAAGGAUACUUGGCUGUACCAUCUGACAGUAGCAGCAGGCAGCAGCAAUGCCAAGGUGGGCACAGCAUACGAACAGCUAAUUGGAAAAUUACUGGAUGCAGAGGGAGACCCACAAUCUCCGUUGUGGAAACACCCCAUGCUGUGCUACAGUAAGGAUGGGCUGCACACCUCCCUUACUACUCUGCCAUCAGAGGCGCUGCAGACAGAAGCCCUCAAGCUCUUCAAGUCCUGUCAGCUGUUCAUCAAUGUCCCUGUGGAGGCUCCAUCUAUUGAUUACCAUGUGUCACUUGCCCAGACAGCAUUACAAGUCUGUCUGACUCAUGCUGAGCUACAGAAUGAAAUCUACUGCCAACUAGUUAAACAAACUAGCUGCCGGCAGCCACGAAACCACUCAGUCAUUCAGUGCUGGCAGCUCCUGGCUUUGUGUGCUCCUCUCUUUCUGCCUCAACACCACUUCCUCUGGUAUAUUAAACAACACCUACAGCGGCAUGCAGACCCCAGGAGUGAAAUAGGCAAGUAUGCUAUCUACUGUCAGAGGUCUGUGGAGCGCACGUUGCACACUGGAGAGCGGGAAGCCAAGCCUUCAAGAAUGGAGAUCGUAUCCAUUUUGCUGCGGAAUCCCUUCCACCAUUCACUCCCCUUCAGCAUUCCAGUGCACUUCAUGAAUGGAACCUACCAGGUUGUGGGUUUUGAUGGCUCCUCAACAGUGGAUGAGUUCCUCCAGCGGCUGAACCAGGAGACGGGAAUGAGGAAACUAUCUCACACUGGGUUUUCCCUCUUCACAGAUGAUCCUUCUGGCAAGGAUCUGGAGCACUGCCUGCAGGGCACUGUGAAGAUCUGUGAUGUUAUUUCAAAAUGGGAACAAGCCUUUAAAGAACUGCAUCCUGGAAAAUAUGAAGGUAGCACAAGAAUAGUGAAGCUAACUUAUAAAAGCAGAUUGUAUUUUCGAAACCAGGCAAAAGGUGAGACAGACAGAGAGCGGUUGCUGCUGGCUUUCCAGAUUAGCUGUGAAAUAGCCAAUGGGAGGUUCCCUGUUAAUAAGGAGCUGGCUCUGGAAAUGGUGGCUUUGAUGGCUCAGGUGGAAUACGGGGACUCGGAUCGACCAGUAUCUUCAAGUCCUGGUGGGACCCCACAGUCCAAAAUGCAACAUAUUGUCCAACAGGUCUUAGACAAAUUCUAUCCCAAACGCUACAAACAAAACAUUACCCCUGAGCAUCUCAGGCGGCUGGCUGACAAGCUGGCUACAAAGUGGAUGGUGCUGCAGGGAUGCUCUCCAUUAGAAUGCAUUAGAAUUUAUUUGGCAGUGGCCCGGAAAUGGCCUCUCUUUGGAGCCAAGGUAUUUGCUGCUAAGCCUGCCCUGCCUUCUCUCUUAGAAGACUGUCCAGUUUGGAUAGCUGUGAAUGAAGAUGGCAUUAGUAUACUAGAUUACAAUACUAUGCACUUAAAGCUAUCUUACCCAUACUCAUCUGUGCUGACCUUUGGAGGCUGUCGGGAUGACUUCAUGAUCGUAGUCAGCCAAGGGAAGGAUAGAAGUUCUGGGAAAAACAGCACUGAAAAAUUACUUUUCACAAUGGCAGCUCCAAAGAUUGUGGAAGUGACUCUUCUAAUUGCCAGCUAUAUUAACUACUGUGCACUGACUCCCCUCCUGUCUCCUGCACCUCCUUCUCUGAGCGUCAUCUCACCUCUGAGCACAACGCCAACUAAAAAGCUCUGGGAGACUCAAAGCCAGUGUUUCUUUCCUUCUGUGCCCCGUACCACCAAAGGGCCUACACUGCUCUGAGUGCUUGUUCUCAGUGCUUCUGGGCUUCAGUGAUUUUUUUCAAGCUGUGAUUUUGCUGUUUAUGUAUCCUGUUUUAAUGCAGAUUCCAGUUCUCUCUCCUUGUUGUGGUAUGACGUAUGCUUAGAAGUAAUAUCCUUUCUUUUCUAAAGAAUAGUUGUUGGGGGUCUGUUGACAUUUUCUCCCUCUGCUAUAUGCUCUCUUAAACAUGCUAAGGACAUCUUUCUUUCUUGCUGCUCCAAUCACAUCACUCCCUCUGAAUCUCUUGUUUUUGCACUCCUUCAAGGUAAGGUUGCCAAUUUUGGUAUAAGAUAUUCUUGAAGUUUUCAGCACAUGAUGUGACAUUUAAAGAUCAAUCUUUAAUUCCUGAAGACUCCUGGACAAUUAUGGAGGGUUAGCAACCCUACUUCCAUGUCAUGUUCAAGCUGCUCUUACAAGUAUGUCCCUUCCCAUUCUGAUCUCAGCAUCACUAUUUCUGAUGCCUAGAAAUUUUCUCCCACUUCCAGUGCUCCUUGUGAGCUCUCUUGCAUCCUCAACACAUUCCAUUUCAGUAACCUUCCACAGUUCCACCAUUCACCAUUCCUGUCUGCCCACUUCACUUUUGAAUCAUUAACUUACCUGUCCUUCACCUGAAUUAGACUGUAAGCAACUUGGGCAUGGGACUUUGACUUUUGUAUGUUUCAAGUAUAAUACACAGUGUAAGAGAACUGUGGUAUGAGGCUUGUGCAAGGAUUCUUCUUAUUGAAUAUGGCCAGUAUGAGAAGUUUUAUAUUCUUAGAUCAUACAAUACAUGUACCAAAAUAGGGCAACUUCCAGAGUAUAAAGAGCAAUAUAAUGGAGCUUUACAGUGACCCUAUUACAUGGUUUAGGUACAACAUUAACCCUAUGCACUGGUGGUGAAUUUCCUCCAUGUUCCAAAGAGUUGCCAGUGGUAUUCAAAUUCACUAUUGCCAAUCCCAAAACAACUGCUGAAUUAGCCAGUCUUUUUGUAUGACCUAUAAUAUUUUUGUACUGUGCUAUGACAGCUGAGCUGACACCUCAGUGUGAUUGGUGCUCAGAUUCAGAAGCAUAUGCAGCCCAAAGCCAAAGGUCUCAGAAGGACAUGGAAAGGGAAAAAAAAGUUGACUAGAUGAAAAAGAAGCUAAGCUGACAAGGAAAGAAAUGUCAGUCUGUGUUUUGAAGAACAUAUUACAUAGAAAAGGGAGUGUUAAAGGAGACGUUAAUACUACUUUAGAAGAAAGGACAGAGCAGUUUUGCUUUAGUAAAAUUAGGGAAAAAAUGUAGCAACAUCUCUGCAUUUUGAGGACUUAGCAGAGAUGACGACGUUCUUACUCUUGUAGGACUGAGGUACCAUAGAAUGCCCUGCUGCUCUAUAAAAUGGACACACAGCCAGGUCUCCACCACGCGGCUGACUUGAUAAUGCACAGUUCCCUGACAGACCUAUGCUUUCAGAGACUCUUGGUGUCAACCACUGUAUUGUAUGUGUUUUAAGAUGUGUUCACUACUGUAUAACAUUACUGCACAUGAUCUCUAUGAACUGGAAGGCAAGGUAAAUAAGUUUUGUAUUUGUAAGGUCUUCCAGCAACUGGUAUAGUUUUUAGAAAGAGCUAGACCACACUAAUUUCAUAGCUGUAGUUACUUACAAACCCCAGCUUCUAUCAUACCAGUAGCAUAAGAGGAAGUGGCUAUCAAAUAGAUUCCCAAAUAUUUUCCUUCAGGUCUUCCUAGCUAGCGCAAUUUCACUAGUCCCAAAGGGACUCUGUCAAAGUUGGGUCAAAAUGUGACCUUUGGUAGAGGUUUCACAUAGGUUUUUGAACUAUUCUUCCAAAGACACAACAAAUCUACCUAGCUCAGGUUUUAUAUUGUGCCCAUCAAUCUUCUAGCUAAGAAACUUAGAAAAAUAAAAUGAUCACCACCCCAGCACCACAAGAAACUAGUGGGCACUGCCUAGCUAUCAUGGGCUCCCCAUUGAAAGAAUCCAGUCCCCAUGAGCAGUUCUACACUAGCAAUUUGGUUCUUCCAGCCCUGUGUUCACAAUGAGAAAACUGACAAUAACAAAACGGGCUUAAUUUAGUGCCCAUCAGCAACCCUGCAAAUCAUUGUAUAUACCACCCAGCACUCUACAAGCAACUUUAAAACACUAAGCCAGUGUAUACACUGACUACAUUACAGAAAGGAAAUAAAUAGGUUUCAUUUUCAAGCAUCCAAUGUGGGAUUAGACACAAAUAGUGAAGAACGUGGACCUGGGCAAAUUAUCUUGUAAGCAAUUCUUUGACAGAAUCCUUUUAGGCCUCUAAAAUAUGAAGGCUGGUGAAAGUUUGUGCCAAAAACAACAGUCUGGAGCUGAUAAAUCCUGGAGGUCUGAUUUGCACAUAUUGUAAUUUAUUCCAGUCUCUCGUGCUCAGGGACUUUCCCAUCAAACUGUUGAGACGAGCGGUGGGUUUUCUGAGCCAAAGAAUAAUUUGACAAAGUUUUGAUUUUUAGUUUUUUAAAAGUUGCAGCUAUAGUCAAAAAUGUGACUAUGUACCUUGACACAGUGGUCUCUAAUAUUUAUUUGAUCUCGCUCUAAUCUCAUGUGGCAAUUUGAGUCAAAUGAGGGAUUUUUUUCCCUUCAAUUUCCUGCACUGCAAUCCUCCCCUGUGGUAUGAGAAUCUAACCGGCCACCUGCCUCUUACAUUAUUACCAGCAACGAAGAUUCUUCAGUCUGAACUGAGCUAUUACUUUUGUUAACGAUGCACAGGGUCCUACAGGAGUAAUGCUGACUCAUAGAUAUGUAGAAAGAGAGAUGUUGAGUAAGAAUGGGGCCAUUUUUACUGUCAUUUUUCUGACCAUAACUGCACUUUAACCAUGACAGCAUGGCAUUUUGAGCCUUAAGUCCUUAGAUCUUAAGAGCAUUCACCAGUACUUGAGCAUUUCAGGGAAUAUUCCACAUAAGUGAAUGCCACCAUAUCCCUCUUAUUUAUAUCUUACCUGAAUUCAGAAAACUCUGUAGAUUAAAUAUUUUUUUUGAUUCCUUGGUAGAGAAUUUUUUUAUUUUCAUCAACAUUUUUGGUAAUGACUGGACAUUUUCUAAAGUGCAGAAUGAGACACUGAAUAACAAAAGCUUAACUGCUGUGCCGUAUGUAAAAGGCUGUGUCACACUGUGAGGUUUUAUUUUUGGUCUUAAUAAAAUGCAGUUGUCCGUGA